AUGAAGUUCAUCUCCAUCGUCGUUGCCGCCCUUGCUGGCACUGCUAUUGCUGCUCCUUUCAAGCGAUCUCUGAUCGGUGAGGUCACCAGCGUUCUGGGAGGUGUUACCGGCAACACCGGUGCUGGUCAGCUUGAAGCCGAGCUUCAGGGUACUCUUGGCGGUGCCCUCGCCCAGAUUGAGCAGGCCCUCGGAGGUGUCCCUCUUGCCGACAAGCUCUUGGCUCUCAUCCAGGGCGGACUUAAGCCUGCUGCUACCCAGGCCAUUGGCCAGGCUCUUGUCAUGGUUCAGUCCGGGCUCCCUAUCAAUGCCGUCAACGGCUACCUCGACCAGGCUACCGGUGGUGUUGUUACCAACCUUGAGGAGACCUUGGGUACCAGCGAUCUCGUCACCACCUUGACCGGCGUCACUGGUUUGGCCAGCGGUCUUACCGAGGUCGUGUAA